AUGUAUUUUUUAGUCGACGCCUAUGACAUAACACCAGAAACAACUUUAAACACAUAUUUACGUGACAAAGCCCAUUUAACUGGCACGAAGAGAACUUGCCUUGAAGGAGGAUGUGGAGCUUGUAUUGUAGCGGUCGAACACACGGAUCCGAUAACAAAAACGAAAAGGUUCUUUUCAAUUAACUCGUGUUUGGUGUCGAUAUUUUCUUGCCAUGGUUGGAAAAUCCAUACUAUUGAGGGCAUUGGAGGUCCGCUGACAGGAUACCAUCCCUUGCAGAAAAAAUUAGCGGAAGGAAAUGGUAGCCAAUGUGGAUAUUGUUCUUCAGGGAUGAUCAUGAACAUGUACUCAUUAAUAAACUCUGGAAAACUAACCGUAGAGGAAAUAGAAAACGCCUUUGCGGGUAACAUAUGUCGGUGCACAGGAUACAGACCAAUUUUGGAUGUGUUUAAGUCUUUUGCAUCCAUGGAUAUUGAGGACAUCAAACCUUGUAACCAAAUAUGCAAUAAUGAAUGCGCAAAUAUUUGUGGGAAAAUAAAAAACUUUAAAACGGGCGAUGACAAAGUAAAUUGGAUGAAGUUUUAUAAUUUGAGUGACUUGCUUCAGGUCUUGUCUACCACCACCAGAACUUACAUGCUUGUUGCUGGAAACACCGCAAGGGGUGUAUACAGAAACAUCCCACCCAUAAAUUACUACGAUGUUACCAGCGUGAAGGAAUUGAUAUCUUGGUCUAUAAAUGAGGAUACUGUUAUACUGGGAGGAAAUCUUUCACUUAAUCAAACGAUUCAAGUGUUUAAGACUGCUGCUAAAGGCGUAAAAUUUAAUUAUUUAUCCAAGGUUGCAGAUCAUUUAGAUUUAGUCGCUAAUAUACCAGUUCGAAAUAUUGGGACAUUAGCAGGAAAUUUAAUGUUGAAAUAUGAUCAUCCAGAAUUUCAGUCCGACAUAUUCUUAAUUUUGGAAACAAUUAAUGCCAAAUUAGUGAUUGUGGAUGUUUCCGAAAAUGAAACAAUAACUUGUGCUCAAAAAUUUUUGAAAACGAAUAUGUACCACAAAGUAAUAAAACAGAUAAUCAUACCUGGGUAUGAUAACACAUAUAAAUAUACUAGUUACAAGAUUAUGGCAAGAGCUCAAAACACAAAAGCUACAGUUAAUGCCGGAUUUCUCCUCAAAAUAAUUGAUGGAAUUGUUAAAGAUUGUAGAAUUGUUUAUGGAGGUAUAAAUCCUGAAUUUGUACACGCAUCAAAUACUCAAAAUUAUCUGGUAAACAAAAAUCUAUUCGACAAUGCUAUAUUGAAACAAGCAUACGAGACUCUAAACAAAGAACUGAAACCUAAUUAUGUUUUACCUGACUUUAAACCAGAGUACCGGAAGAACUUAGCCAUUUCACUAUUCUAUAAGUUUGUGCUUAGUAUUGCUCCACCCCAAAGAAUAACUGCAAAAAAUAAAUCAGGAGGAGAACUGUUACAAAGACCAAUAUCUUCUGGUGUUCAAGAAUAUUCAUCUAAUAAAGAUCGAUAUCCCCUAUCAAAACCAAUGGUUAAAUUGGAGGCUUUAUCACAGACGUCAGGACAGGCAGAUUAUAUAGAAGACAUGCCUGAUUUGCCUGAACAGCUAUUCUGUUCCUUCGUAUUGGCCAAAUCCCCAGCAAAUUCUGUAAUCACCAAGAUUGACACCUCUAAAGCUUUGAAAAUUCCUGGUGUGGUCAAAUUUUUCGGGAAGGAAGAUAUACCUGGUUCUAACGUGUGGACACCAACGACAAAAUCAAUAUUUACAGUUAACGAAUACUUAUUUUGUGAAGGCACUGUUCUGUACUAUGAUCAACCGGUGGGUAUUAUAGUAGCAAAUAAUCAAUUAGUUGCUGACAAAGCCGCAGAUUUGGUUGCUAUUACAUUUACACCCCCAACUUCCAAACCCUUAUUAAACAUCAAGGAUGUGCUUAAUGCGCCCAUCGACGUUCAAAAAAAGAAGAUUAUACAUCAAACCGAUGUCGUACCAAAAAGGAAGGGUACCGACAUUAAAAAAGAAGUAAAGGGAGAUUUUUACAUAGGCCUUCAAUAUCAUUUUCAUAUGGAGACGCAAAUGUGUAACGUUGUGCCAAGAGAUGAUGGUCUCGACGUGUACACAUCCACUCAGUGGAUUGACUGUAACCAAGUUGCAAUUGCUAAUGUUUUAAACAUAAAGAAUACACAAGUAAACAUCAAAGUUAAACGACUGGGGGGCGCAUUUGGAGCGAAAAUCAUGCGGAAUGGCGUCGUUUCAUGUGCUGUAGCGUUAGCAGCUUAUAAAUUGCGAAAACCGGUGAAAAUGCGUAUGUCUUUGGAGAAGAACAUGCGCGUGAUUGGGAAAAGGUAUCCUUUAUAUGUGCAAUACGAUGCCGGAGUUAAUGCUAAAGGAGUCAUACAAUAUUUAAAUGCUAAACUAUAUUCUGACUUUGGAGUGGGUGGAAAUGAACCGGUUGAUUCUAUGCUCGUUGACAUGUUUCAAAAUUGUUACAUUUCGGACACUUGGAGUUUUUCCACCUACGUCGUCAAUACUGAGACUCACGCAAACUGUUGGACUCGAGCUCCAGGAACGAAAGAAGGGUUGUGUGCCAUCGAAGCUAUUAUGGAACACAUCGCUUUGUCUUUGGGUAUAGAUUCUUUAGAGAUGAAACUGGCAAACACUAAUCAAACGAAGCAUAAGAAAAUCGUCGACUUCAACAAUGAAUUGCAAACUUGGGCUAAUAUUAAGCAAAGAAAACAGAACAUAGAAAAAUUCAAUAAUGACAAUCGUUGGAGGAAAAGGGGUAUGUCUAUUGUGCCCAUGGCUUGGGUACUGGAGGUCUUGGCCAAUUAUGUGUCACUUGUAUCAAUAUUUCAUGGGGAUGGAAGCGUGGCCAUAGCCCAUGGAGGUAUUGAAAUGGGCCAAGGUAUUAAUACAAAGGUGGCCCAGGUGGCAGCAUACAAACUUGGCAUACCUAUGGACAUGAUUCAAGUAAAGUCAUCUAGUACUUUAUGUAAUCCAAAUAAUACAUCAACUGGCGGUAGUUUAACCAGUGAGGCGGUUUGUUAUGCUACGAUGAAAGCUUGUGAAAUAUUAAUUGAACGUAUGGCUCCUACUAAAAAGACUAUGAAAAAUCCCACUUGGCCUGACUUGGUUAAGAAAUGUUUUGAUAAUUUUGUAAAUCUAAGUGCAAGUUCAUUCUAUUCACCAAAUGAACCAAAUAUCAAGGAGUAUUACAUAUAUGGCCUGGCAGCGGUGGAAGUAGAAAUAGACAUACUUACCGGAAAAAAUCAAAUUCUUCAAGUAGACAUUCUCGAAGAUGUUGGCGAUAGUAUGAAUCCUAUAAUAGACAUAGGACAAUUGGAAGGAGCUUUUGUUAUGGGUAUUGGUUACUAUACUACCGAAGACAUUGUUUACAAUGACCAAGGAGAAAUAUUAACUGAUAGGACUUGGACUUACACACCACCUGGAGCCAAAGAUAUACCAAUUAAAUUUAAUAUAAAGUUUCCAUCUAACAUACCAAACGAUGUUGGCGUUUUACAGUCUAAAGCUAUUGCCGAACCACCCAGUUGUUUAUCAUGUGCUGUACCUUUAGCAAUACGACAUGCUGUAGCUUCAGCUCGAAAGGAUGCAGAUCCGACAAAACAACCUUGGUAUCCAUUUGAUGGUUGCUCAUCGAUUGAUAAUAUAUUUCUUAACAGCCUUAAUGAUUAUAAUCAGUAUGUUUUAUAAUUUUUUUU